UCACGAGUCCAAUUUUAAUAAAAUUAUUUUGGAUAUUCCUGUAAAUAAUUUCUUUAGGGUUUGUGUAUUUUCUCAGAAGUCGUAAUUUUACGGUGAAAAAAAAAAUUAAGAUCUUCAUCUACAUACUUUGGAGAAAAGUGGGUAUUUAUUAUUGAUGAUCAAAAUUCCUAAAUAUGGGAUCUUCUUGGUGAUAGAAGACACUUAGUUAUUAUUCACACAAUAGCAUCAGGAGAAGUCAGUCUUUUGGUUCCGUGACUUUAUUGUGAGGAAGGAUCUAAACUAAAAUAGUUGAUACGAGGACUGUAGAAAUGGAAUGUAACAAAGAUGAGGCUGCUAAGGCUAAACUAAUUGCUGAGAAAAAGUUCGAGGCAAAGGAUGUAAUGGGAGCAAGGAAAUUUGCAAUGAAGGCUCAUAAUUUGUUUCCUGGACUGGAGGGCCUUCAACCAUUGCUGGCAACUCUAAACAUUUACCUCUCUGCUGAGCGAAAAAUUAAUGGAGAAGUUGAUUGGUAUGGAGUACUUGGUGUUGAACCAUCAAGUGAUGAUGAAACAGUGAGAAAACAGUAUAGGAAACUUGCCCUUACUCUCCACCCUGACAAAAACAAAUCAGUUGGUGCAGAGGGAGCAUUUAAAAUUCUUUCAGAAGCUUGGAGUUUGUUGUCUGACAAAGCCAGAAGAACAAUAUAUGAUCAAAAGAGAAGUGCAAAAAGGGUGUUUGAGAAAGUUGUACCAAAAAAGCCUUCCAAAUCAGUUGGUAGUGACAGUCUUCACCGGUCUGCCAACAAUGGUAAUUUUAAUAUGAGGAGUCAGAAUGCCCCAAAUCCCCAUUUAAAUUCAGUACGUCCACCACAACGUAAUACAUUUUGGACUAUGUGUACCAGUUGCAAAAUGCAAUUUGAGUAUGUUCUUUUCUACCUCAACAAAAAGCUUGAAUGCUACAACUGCAAGGAUCCCUUUCUGGCCAUACAAAUCCCACCUCCGGAGACAAAUUCUAAUUCAUCACAAGCUGCUCAAUUGCCCCAAGACACUUCUAACUACCCUUUUGCCUCAGGAAAUGCAGGAAGCAUGCCAGCAGCAGCUUCCUCAGCUGCACAAGCCAUGAAUGGUAUGCAGAUACCACGUGGGAAUUCAAAGAGAGUGCAUGAAAAUUCACAAGUGACUGCUACUAUGGAGGCAGUAUUCAAGAGUAAAACCAAUGCCUUUAAGGCUAAUGCUGGUGAAGCUAAUGGAGCCUGUUCUUCAGGGAAGGGUGAAAAGCCUAAAAGAAGAAGACGGUCAAGUGAACAUAAGAUGAAUGACAGUGGAACUGCAAAAAAUGAUGUACUAUUGAGGGGAAACGCAGCUUUUAGCUUUGGGAGUCCAAAUGGAUGUCAGAAUGGUACCACUGAAACAGAGAAGGUAUCUUCCUUUGGGACUAGAUUGCCAGAUAUCUCAAGAGAGUUAUCACUGCUUGAGACUCGAAAUAUGUUGAUGGAAAAAGCGAAGAAUGAAAUUCGCAAGAAGCUGAAUGAAUGGAAGAACAUGGAUGUCAAACUGAAGGCUUUAAUCAAGGAAUGUGGUCCAAAAGAAACAAAAGAGAAAACAUCUAGCUCUAAAACUCAGGCUAAUCCUGAUGUAAAUGGAGUAAGAACUGUUGGAAGCAAGUCUGACACAUUUGCACGAGACAAGCAUACAGAUGUAAACCUCAAGACCUCUUCACCCUCCAGUUCUGAAAUUGACCCUGAGGCAAAUGAGAAUGUGCCAUCAUUGUCUAUGACUGUUCCAGAUCCAGAUUUCCAUGAUUUUGACAGCGAUCGAACUGAAAAAUCUUUCGGUGACAAUCAAGUUUGGGCUGCUUAUGACGAUGAAGAUGGUAUGCCCCGGUACUAUGCCAUAAUUCAUAGUGUGAUCUCGAGGAAGCCAUUCAAGAUGCGCAUUAGUUGGCUUAACUCUAAAAGCACCUCUGAAUUUGGGGCCUUAAACUGGGUUGGCUGUGGCUUCUACAAAACCAAUGGCGAUUUUAGAGUAGGUAGGUAUGAACUCAACAAAAGUGUUAACUCUUUCUCACAUAGAGUAAAGUGGACAAAAGGUGCAAGGGGGGUAAUCCGUAUAUAUCCUAGUAAGGGAGAUGUCUGGGCUCUGUACCGGAAUUGGUCACCUGAGUGGAAUGAGCAUACCCCAGAUGAGGUAAUACACCAAUAUGACAUGGUGGAAGUCCUUGAUGAUUACAACCCGGAAAUAGGAGCAACAGUCCUUCCACUGGUUAAGGUUACUGGUUUCAAGACCGUGUUCCGCAAAUACAUGGAUCAGGAUCAUGUCAGGGUGAUUCCACGGGAUGAAAUGUUCAGAUUUUCCCAUCAAGUUCCUUCAUUCUUGCUUACUGGUCAAGAAUCUCCUAUUGCCCCCAAGGGUUGCUGUGAGCUUGACCCUGCUGCUACUCCAGUGGAACUACUAGAGGUAACGACAGAAGUUGCAGAGGAGGUGAGGAAGGAAAAUACUGAGAAAGUUGCCAGAAUUGGUGUACCUGAUCCGAAAGAAGCGAGUUGGAGUAACAUUGCAACAAGUGAAGCACGGAAGAUGGGGUAAGUGUUCAGUUGGGUGCUUCAAUUUGAUUGAGACCUUGGAUAAAAACGGAAGCAUCAUGCUGGUUUAUCGUAGUUUUCUGAACAUAAUAUUGGUUGAGAAAUCUUUUUUGCUGAAGAUUUGAAGAAAGUUGAGACAUUGCUGUGGGAGUUUUUAUGCAGUAGCUGGUCUUCUUUCUUCACUUUUUUGCUCAACGGAAUCAAUGGUGUGAUCAUUUUUUUGAGACUGACCCAAAGGGGAUCAAUUGUGUAGUGUACAGCUUCAGUUUCCACAGGCAAACAGGUCUUUUUUCUUAUAGGUACAGAAACUCGAAAAGUUCAACCUUCUAAUUUAGUUUCAGGGUAGUCCAGAAAGUAAAACUCAAGAUACUAAUUUUUGGGAUCUGUCCGUGAAAGCAAUUCUUUAUUUUUUUUUACGCUGCUAAUCUUUACUGUUUCUACCUUUGCAAUUACAGACUUUUCUGAUUCACAUUGCCAUUAUGUUUAAAUCAGUUUCAUAUUGCUGUUAACAGCAUACAAUUA